UCUGCGUAGGGAGGAGGUGGUGUUUGGCAGCCUUAUUAACGACGGUCGAAAGCAGCUGGUGGAGAGUGGCGCAGUAUGUAGGAAAAAUGAAGCAGAGUAGAGUUAAACAAAAGGUUGGGAUCCAGCCUCCUUCCACUGUUGAUAAAGGAAAUAAAAGACAGAAGACUAGCUUGGUUCAGGACAGUGAGACUGUGAACAUUUCUCAUGCAGACUGGGGAAACCUGCACUAUGAUUUGAUUCUGCACAUCUUCCAGUACUUGCCAUUGGUGGAUCGGGCUUAUGCAUCAUCAGUGUGUAGAACAUGGAAUGAAGUCUUUCACAUGCCUGAACUAUGGAGACGAUUUGAAUUUGAACUGAACCAGCCGGCAACAUCCUAUCUGAAUUCAACUCACCCAGAUCUGAUCCAGCAAAUAAUCAAAAAGCAUGCUGAUCAUUUGCAAUAUGUCAGUUUUAAGGUUGACAGUAGCACUGAGUCUGCAGAGGCAGCCUGUGAUAUUCUUUCACAACUGGUCAACUGUUCCAUAAAGACCCUGGGACUGAUCUCCACAGCAAGACCUAGUUUCAUGAAUUUGUCAAAGUCACGCUUUGUAUCAGCUCUGACUGUGGUGUUUGUAAACUCCAAGUCACUUUCAUCAAUCAAGAUUGAUGAUACACCAGUAGAUGAUCCAUCCCUGAAAGUUUUGGUGGCUAAUAACAGCGACACCCUGAAACUGUUGAAAAUGAGCAGCUGCCCUCAUGUUUCACCUGCAGGCAUCCUUUGUGUGGCAGACCACUGCUAUGGCCUCAGAGAGCUGGCACUAAAUUAUUACCUUUUGAGCGAUGAGUUGCUAUUGGCUCUUUCCAGCGAAAAGCAUGUUCAUCUGGAACACCUCCGCAUUGAUGUGGUGAGUGAGAACCCUGGACAGACCCAAUUCCACAGCAUAAAAAAAAGUAGCUGGGAUGCUCUUGUUAAACACUCUCCAAAAGUGAACAUUGUCAUGUACUUCUUUCUGUAUGAAGAAGAGUUCGACCCAUUUUUCCAUGAUGAAACUCCAGUCACACACAUCUAUUUUGGCCGUGCAGUCAGUAAGGAGAUGUUGGGUCGGAUUGGAAUGAACUGUCCAAGACUGAUCGAGCUGGUGGUCUGUGCAAAUGGUCACCAGCCUCUGGAUGAUGAACUGAUUUGCAUUGCAGAGCGUUGCAAAAACCUAACUGCUAUGGGCCUGGGUGAAUGUGAGGUUUCAUGCAGUGCGUUUGUAGAAUUUGUGAAGCUGUGUGGAGGACGACUAACUCAGCUAUCCAUCAUGGAGGAAGUGCUGAUACCAGAUGAGAAGUAUAAUGUGGAGCAAAUCCACUGGGAGGUUUCCAAAUAUCUGGGGAGGGUUUGGUUCCCAGAUAUGAUGCCCACAUGGUAAAGUUGAUGCAUGUUAUCUGAGAUGGAGAAUAGGGAAAUAGUUUGUUUUGCUUCAUCAGCAAAUACAGCUUACUUACAGAAUUGUAUUGUAUUGUAAUAAGAAUUAACAUGCUAAGAUUUACAGAAACCAAGAUCUGUUGGAAUGCACUUUUCAUCCUAUUGUGUGGAUUCGGAUGAUGACUACCAUGAUUGUGACUGUUUCUGAUUACUUGCAGAUUACUUUUCAAAGCGUAAUUUUUUUUUGCUUCAUGUGUGGCUUUUUCUCGUAUUCUGAACUGAUUCAGUUGAAAAUUGAGAUUUAAGAUGAUCUUUGCAUGGUAAUCACAGAAUUGAGCUGAAUAUUGUAAUCGAUCAAGGCCUUGGUUCCUGUAUAGUACCAUUUCCUUUGGCUUGAGGAUAGAAAAACUGAAUUGGUUGACAAAUUAAUUGAUAAGUUAAUUCAUUUGUGAUUUGCACAUACUGUUCUUUUAAUUAUGUGCACUUUCUCUGAGCUGGAGACAUUGAAGCAGAUUGAUUUUUGCAUUGACCUGUUUAAUUUUGUUCUGACUCCACAGCACUUUACCACCAUUGUAAGCAUAAGCAGUUGCAUAUUUAAUACUAUGGUUGUGGCCAAAAGAAAACAAAUCACAUGAACUGAUACACUAAAAACCUGUUUUUAGAGAAAUGCACCAGAUAUAUUCAGUUAACUGUGCUAAUUUUAAACUGUAAAGUUUUUGAUUUUAAUUUAUCCUCUUGUCAAUUUUUUUUGCUAUAAAUAUCACUAAUACCUAAUUUGAUCUUUAUAAAUAUAUAUAUUUGUGUGUAUCAGCUGAAGCUGCAUUUAGGCUAUCUUUUAGCAGAUUUUGUUCAAUUUCAAUGCAUUUAUUCAAAGUUGGAACUAUUUCUGAGUUAACCUAUGUAGAAAUAAAUAAGGUAGCUUAUGUGGGUAAUAUUUGAUCUACUUGCAAGUGUAUAAGCUUGGUAAAUAUCUGGAAUAUUCAACUCUAUUCUAAGAUUGUAACUUGACAGCAGUUGGAUGGAGAGAAAUAACUUUGCUGAUUUCUAUUUACACCAUUAAUUACUGUGGACAUCAUUCAAAGUUGUAAUGCCUCCAUAUGCUACAUAUUGGAGUUUUGAUAUAAAAUAACUACAGUGUAGUUGAUAAUUAAAUGUUGUGAAAAUUAUGUUAUUGGUGUAAAAACAGCAGUGCUAGAUUUGGAAAAUGUCGUUAUACAGAAGCAGGACAUUUGGAAUUAAUUUGGAAGGAUUUUAAUUCAUUUGAGUUUGUUUACUCAACAUUUCCGCUGCUAACACGCUAUUUGGUAGGUCAUCUCUGUAAACACUACUUUAAACUUGACAUUAGUUUGGCAUUACCGUGGAAGAAUCCAACAUGAAUUUCACUCAAAGUAAAUUUAACAGAUUUAACCUUGGUUGCUCAGAAAGCUGCCAGAUCAUGGAAAUGUGGAAACUUAAUUGGGAUGUAUUUGUAGCCUCAGGAUGAUGCCACUUUAAUAUUGGGUCUUAAUAUUAAAUGAGUAUCUGAACAUUUUCAGAAUGCACUUGAGGCUGCUAAACAAGAUAGGUAUUACAGGAAAGGUACUAGCAUGGAUAGAAGAUUGACUGACUGGCAGAAGGCAAAGAAUGGGAAUAAAGGUGGCCCUUUCUGGUUGGAUGCCGGUGACGUGUUCCGCAGAGGUCAGUGUUGGGUCGGCUACUUUUCAUGUUAUCAAUGGCUUUGUGGCCAAGUUUGAUACAAAGAUAGGUGGCGGGGCAGAUGGUAUUGAGGAAACGGAGUCUGCAGAAGGAAUUGGACAAGUUAGAAGAAGUGGCAGAUGGAAUACGGCAUAGGGAAGUGUGUGGUCAUGCACUUUGGUAGAAGGACUAAAGGUCUAGACUAUUUUCUAAAUGGAGCGAAUUCAGAAAUCAGUGGUGCAAAGGCACUUGGGUUAACUUGUUAAUGAGUCAGUAGUAAGGAAGGCAAAUGCAAUAUUAACAUACAUUUCAAGAGGACUGGAAUGUAAAAGCAAGGAUGUAAUGCUGAGGCUUUAAUAAGGCAUUGGUCAGACCACAUUUAUAGUAUUGUGAGCAGCUUUGGGCCCCAUACCUAAGGAAGCAUGUGCUGGCAUUGGAGAGGGUUCAGAGAAGAUUUACAAGAAUGAUCCCGGGAAUAAAAGGGUUAAUGUAUGAGGAGUGUUUGUUGGCUCUGGACCUAUACUCACCUGUAAGCUGGAGUUUAGAAGGAUGAGGGGUGAUCUUACAGAAACCUACUAAAUAUUGAAAGGCCUGGAAAGAGUGGACGUGGAGAGGAUGUCACCAGUAGUGGGAGAGUCUAGGACCAGAGGGCAUGGCCUCAGAAUAGAAGCACAUCCCUUUAGAACUGAGAUGAGGAGGAAUUUCUUCAGCCAGAGGGUGGUGAAUCUGUGGAAUUCAUUGUCACAGAUGGCUGUGGAGGCUAAGUCAUUGGGUAUAUUUAAAGCGGAGGUUGAGAGGUUCUUGAUUAGUAAGGGUGUCAAAGGUUACGGGAAGAAGGUAGGAGAAUGAAGUUGAGAGGGAAAAAUAAAUCAGCCACGAUUGAAUGGCAGAGCAGACUUGAUGGGCCAAAUGGCCUAAUUCUGCUCCUAUGUCUUAUGGUCUAAAGGGACAAUAGUAAUCCAAGUAUGGUGGUUUGAUACCCACAUUGCAUAUUGACGAGCCUGAGUUUGAAAAGUUGAAAUCCAAUUAGGAAAACAACACAAACUGUGGAGUCAUUCCAGAUGAAAGCACAAAAGCAAAGAUUACUUUGGAUAUAGCUGAACGUGAGGGUUAAUGAAACUUCAUGGAUUGGAAAGGUAGCAGUAAUACUGUGCUUUAUUACACCUUUUACAGGUAAUUAAAGUGAACUGUAAACAAGUGCUUAAUUGGGUAAAACUAAAAAUGUUUUGGAAGCACAAUAAAAAUUCAUGUACAUAAAUUCCUUUACUGAAGUUACUGAGAAUAUCCUGCAAAUACAAAAGAUAUGAAAGUGCAAAUCUAUUUGUGUGCUUAUAUGGAUCAAGUUAGCGAAGUAGUGACAAGGCUGAUUGCAAUUUUAAAAUAAUAAAACCAUUUGAUUUGUGUCUAUUACACUUAAAGUGGAUAUGCUGCUCCCACUUAGGCUUUCCAUUUCUUUUGUAAUGUGGCUGAACUUUGCAUUUGAUUACUAUCCUAUAAGAAAGCUUGGAAUAACACUAGUAUUGCAGAAGACUUUUUUUGGGUGAAUGUAAGGAACUGAAAUGUCAACUGACAUGCACAUCCUAAAAAUAUUGGUACCAAAUGAUUUUAGUUGGAGAUCUUGAGACUUUUUUUUAAGUUCAUUUAAAAUUGCUUUAGAUGUAUGAACUUGCUGAUAAAAAUUUUCCUGAAGAUGCAUUGUUUACACUGCUCAUUAAGUUUUACAAAGUAUAUUUUAAGUAUUUUCUUACUGUGAUUAUAAAGUUCAGAAAUAAAAGGUGAAUGGUU